UGUCCUCAUCUGACCAGUGAGAAAACAGAGUCCAGAGAGGUAAAGUGACUCACCAAGGACACACAGCAAGGCCGUGCAGAGGUAGAGCCUGCGGGCCCUGGGUGUGUGCAUCUUCCUCUUCCCCGACACAGGGCUGACCCACAGGGGAGCCCACUCUAGUGACUCAGGUCUGACCUGCCCCGACCCCUCUCACUCCUCUGUUUCUUACAAACGAGAAAACGGAGGCUCAGGGGCCCUAAGUCACCUGCCCGAGGUCACCCAGCCUUCUGCACGGGGGCUGGGGAGCCCGGGGCUCACACUCUUCCUGCUCCUGUUCUGGAAUGCAGCCUCCCAGAUCCCCAGCCAGGGCUCCGAGGCUCGGGGGCUCGGGGCGCCUGAGCACCGCCCCCAGGGCGCCCGGGUGCAGGAAGCUGCAGAUGCCCUGGCCCCGGUGCCGCGCCUCUCCUGCUCCAUGCUCGGAGCAAGGAGGGAGGACGGCUCCGGGCGGUUGGCAGAGCGCAGCGCUCCGGCUGAUGGAGAGAUUACUCCUAAGCCUCCCUCCCCCCGCAGGACCAUGCUGGCCGUCCCCGCGGACCUGGAGAGUCCGCGGCUGAGGCAGGACACAAGCCCAGCUCCUCAGCGCGACCUCAGACCCUCACCUCUCAGGAGGGGGGGCUUCGGGGUCCUUCUGACGUCCCCCGGGCUCUCCUGCAGCUGCCGGAGAGAGAGGCACAAUGAAUGAACUUCCCGCUCCCGGGGGAGGAGAGGGGAGAGACUGACUCUGCCGGGAACCGCGGGGUUGGCAUUUUCUUCUCCCUUCGUCCCCACCACAAACCGCCCCUCUCCUGGCCCCUGGGCUGUGGGCUCUCCUUGCCUGGCAGAGAAGCCGCUGCAAAUGAGCUCCGUGAGACAAGAGGGCUGUGCUGCUUCCCCUGGUCCUAGGCUGUGAGCGAAGUGACACAUGCAGCAGAGCAGGCUGCCGUGGGGCCAGCCAGUGUGGACUACACCGGCGUGAGUCACUCUGCACCAUCCACCAGAGUCCAGCCUGCUCUGAACUGAGAGGAACUUUUAUUUCCAUCAGCUGCCGAGUCCUCCUCCUGACUGCGGCGUCUCUGCAAAUACAGGUGCUCCCACCGCUCGCGGGCAGGGACAGCUCUGGCCAUGCCCGUGCCUUCGGGAGAUGGGGUCCUGGGCCUCGGACACCCUCACGGUGGCUCCUACAGCCCCCUGAGCCAGCUCCUGCCGGGCCCCCCGGAGCCUCGGUCGGCCAAGGGCCUGUACUACCGCCGGGCCCGGAGGCUGGGCGUGCUGGAGGCCCCCCCGGAGGCGGACCUCAAGAAGGAAGUCCUGGUCAACGUCGGGGGCCGCCGGUUCCUGCUGCCCUGGAGCACGCUGGACGCGUUCCCGCUGAGCCGCCUGAGCCAGCUGCGGUUCUGCCGCAGCCGCGAGGAGAUCGGGCAGCUGUGCGACGACUUCGACGAGGACACGCAGGAGUUCUUCUUCGACAGGAGCCCCAGCGCCUUCGCGGGGAUCGCCAGCUUCCUGGCGGCCGGGAAGCUGGUGCUGCUGCAGGACACGUGCGCGCUGUCCUUCCAGGAGGAGCUGGCCUACUGGGGCAUCGCGGAGGGCAGCCUGGAGCGCUGCUGCCUGCGCAGGCUGCUGGGGCGGCUGGAGGAGGUGGCCGAGCUGCGCCGCGAGGAGGCCCUGCAGCGGCAGCGCGAGGCCGGCCACCCCGCGGGGCGCAGCUCGCGCUGGGGGCUGUGCAUGAGGCAGCUGGGCGACAUGGUGGAGAACCCGCGCUCCGGGCUGCCCGGCAAGGUCUUCGCCUGCCUCUCCGUCCUCUUCGUGGCCACCACGGCCGUCAGCCUGUGCGUCAGCACCAUGCCCGACCUCAGGGCCGAGGAGGACAAGGGCGAAUGUUCUCACAAAUGCUACUACAUCUUCGUGGUGGAGACCAUCUGCGUGGCCUGGUUCUCCCUGGAGUUCUGCCUGCGGUUCGUCCAGGCCCGGAACAAGUGCCAGUUCUUCCAGGGGCCGCUGAACAUCAUCGACAUCCUGGCCAUCUCCCCGUACUACGUGUCGCUGGCCGUGUCCGAGGAGGCCCCGGAGGACGGCGAGAGGCCGCCGAGCAGCAGCUCCUACCUGGAGAAGGUGGGGCUGGUGCUGCGCGUGCUGCGGGCGCUGCGCAUCCUCUACGUGAUGCGCCUGGCGCGCCACUCGCUGGGGCUGCAGACGCUGGGCCUCACGGUGCGGCGCUGCGCGCGGGAGUUCGGGCUGCUGCUCCUCUUCCUGGCCGUGGCGGUCACCCUCUUCUCCCCUCUGGUCUACGUGGCAGAGAAUGAGUCCGGCCGGGUCCUGGAGUUCACCAGCAUUCCCGCUUCCUAUUGGUGGGCCAUCAUCUCCAUGACGACGGUGGGCUACGGGGACAUGGUGCCCCGCAGCGUGCCAGGCCAGAUGGUGGCCCUCAGCAGCAUCCUGAGCGGGAUCCUCAUCAUGGCCUUCCCGGCCACGUCCAUCUUCCACACCUUCUCCCACUCCUACCUGGAGCUCAAGAAGGAGCAGGAGCGGCUGCAGGCCCGCCUCUGCCGCCUCCAACGCGCCAACUCUGCCAGCGAACAUGAGCUCCUGACCGACGUGGACGACCUGAUGCUGGAGGGCCCCGCCUUGCCCAUCCCCCAAGUGUAGCUCAGAAUCCCUCCCUCCUGAAUGCACCCUGUAGCCCCAGCCCAUCCCUCUUGCUGAACCAAGCUCCAGAACGCCGGGGUAGACCAACUGGCCGCAGGUCUCCAGAGCUCCAGAGAGCCUCCCAAGCAAGGAGGCUGCCCAGCCAGCCUUCCCCAGCCACCUGCCUCCUCCCCUCCUGCCCAUCUGCUGAGCACAGCCCAUCCUCCUGAGCCAGGCCAUCUCCCUGCCUUCUCUCUUCUCCCCAGCAGUCUGCAGCAUCCCACUCUGGGACCUGAUGCCAUAGAACUGGCUAAAUGAUGAGCUUGCAGAAGCCCACUCUUCCCUAGGACCUGCUUUCUUGGGCCGCAUCACCACGGGGAAACCCUUCUGCGAGACCCCCGCCCAGCUCCACGUGCCCUCAACCUAACCUCCACCUGCGGAUUUCCCGAGGGGGCAGCUGCCAGCCCCCUGCUCCAGAAGCUCUGUGCCAAGAAGGCAGAACUAGGCUGGUGUGGGGUGCGUGGCCUCAAGCCUGCCAUCCUCUGGCCAACCUGGGACCUGGGCGCAGCACACUUGCCAGCAGGACGCAGAAAGCCCUCCUUGGCUGGCCAGGCUCUUGGGGGGACAUUCUGCAGCCACCCAGCCCUUGGCCUUGACAGAGGCCGACUCUCCCGGGGCUCUGUGAUGUCUGCUGCAGGGACCUCAGCUCUCCAAGCUCAGCCGAGACACACGGACACAGAGCUGCUGCCAGGGUCUACCCUAGCUGGCUCCUGGACCAGGCCACGGGACCGACGUUCUGUUUAUGUCUAGAUGUGUGCAUUCCUCUGUGGGUUUAUGGGCAGAUUAACCCUUGGCACCUGGGAGAGAAGCCAGGCUGAGGGCCACAGUGCUGGAGGAGGCAAGGGGUCCUGAGAUCAGGAGAGAAGACAAGGACCUCUGGAGCAGUGGACGCCUAGAGGCCCAGAGGCCCAGAUGGGCUGAGUGCUCAGGGGCAUUGGGGGGAAAGUGGGUUGAGAUGAGAGGAUGCAGACCCGCGGAGCUUUGUAGAGGUGGUGUGGACAGACGGUGGGUGAGGACGGUGACAAUGGUCGAGAGGAUGUGAGACCAGACUGAUUGGGGGUGACUGAGCAGAGAAGCAGGGCCUGCAGGGGACCUCCUCCGGGGAACUCACCAGACAAGGACGAGUCACCUCUGGAGUCUCUCUCGUCUUGUCUCUCACGGAGCACACCUAGAAGAUGUCCCCAUGGCACUCCCCAGGAGUGACAGGGCCCUGCACUGUUGGUCUCUGUUGGCUGAACGUACACUGGGCUGGGAAAGUGCAUGGGACACAGAUGAGCCUGGGCCGGGAAUCGGGACCUGCGGGUACGGCAUGGCCUCACAGGGGGUGGUCGGCACGUCAUCGCUGAUGACAGGUCCCUUGCUGUUAGCUCCUUCCUCUGGUGUUUAGGCCUCUCUGUGCCAGGCCCAGGUGGCCCUACCACAACACACAGCCGACGGCUCUGGCACGGAGCACCAGCACCGAGCCUGAAGUGAGCUUUGGCCUGGCAAGGGGCCCUGGAUUCCUUCGACUCCUCAGAUGUCCCCCCAGCGGUGCAGGCACAUGUCCCCAGCCCUUUACACCUCAGCAGUCAGCAGGUCACCAAGCUGACAUUUCUCCAAGUAAGCUCUAUGCAGAGUGACACGGUGGCCACCGCCCAAGGAAAGUCUCUACCAUUCCUACUUCUCACGGGCCGCUCUGCUCUGGGAAAUAGCUGGCCAAGUCUCACAGGCAUUGGGUCAGGUGCUGGGGACCCUGGAACAAUAGCCAUGAGUCUCUUGUCCCAGGCUGAACUUUUUCGUAACUACUCUUGGGCAAAAUUUUAAAAAGACAAAGGCUCCCACUUACUCUCUUCCAGGGGCUGGACAACUCGGUGCCCCUGAGGCCUGGACUUGUCCCUCCCUCCGUGACUUUGGGCAGCCCUCUUUCUCUGGCUAGAUCCUGACCUGGGGUGUUCCGACUAGAGCUCCACAGACUCCCUUCAGGGCCUCGUGGCAGAGAAGAUCAGCCAAGCGGCCAGAGCUCUGCCAGCCAGGGCACCACCCUGGCCACCGGUGACGUUUGGAAUCAUGCAAAAAUCUCUAGACACCUUCUCCCCCCAGGCAGUGCCUGCCCACAGCCCCUGGAGCUGAGGGGAGGCUCAGCCCUGGGACCAGAGCAGAAUCCUCAAGAGACACUAGAAGACCUGGGUCCUUGGAAGCCCCCACAUCUGCCCCCUCUCCUGACUGAGGACAUGUCUGUGCCGCGUGUCUGCUGCGGUGACUCCUAACGGCAGCUCUGCUCACCACUGUGACUGGCUCCCACCUAGAGGUCUCCACUGUCCUUGGUCCCCCCCCACCAGGCCUCUCCACAGAAUGCGCCAAGGCUAAAGGAAAAGUUGACAACCAGCAUCAGAUGAGCCACCGGCAUCGCCGUGAGGUUCUGCAGUGACUGCCCACGCGCCUGGGGGAAUUCUCCACUCAGUCUGAGAUGGUAAAUUGCAAUCAGUGGCUUGCACGUGGGGCUUAAUUAAGGCUCUAUUUUUUCUGCUGCUAGUGUCCCAGGAGACGGUCUGAGUCGCCUUGGCCUGUCCUUGCUGGGCAGCCUCUCCUGCGUGCGGGUCGGGAGUGUCCAGCUCCUGCAGGCAGCGUCUCCAUCCCCAUUGGCUGAGAGGGCCUGCGGACUCCAGAGGGCUCCUUCUCUCUGGGGCCACAGGUGGACGCUGUCCGCUGAUGGCAAGGAGAAACGACCUCCACUUGGAGCCAUUUUUCAGGUGGUACCCGUCCAGGGUCAUGUUCCCGGCGAUGGCUGCCGUUUGGUUCAGCGACCCUCUAGCUGAAUGGCGAUGAGCCCGAGCAGCAGGUCGGGAGGAUGAGUGAGAUCUGGAAUGGUUUGGAGGGAUUCCAGUGGGGCUGCACCAGGGAGUGUCCCAGGAACCCACCGACUCUAUGUUGAUGGCUCCUAGGACUUAAGACUAUGGGAGUUCCAUCAGACUAAGUUAGUCUAAAGAGGGAGCGUCCACAGGGCCCAGAGGGGUGGGCCUCUUGGGAUGACAUGCAGGUGGAAGUGCAGAGUGGCCACAGAGUUCACCAGUUACUCAAAGGAAUCACAAUCCCUCAAAAAGAAUGAAGAACUCUAGAGUAAAUCAACUCCCUCAUUCUAAGAUGGAGAGAGGAAGGUUCAGAGAGGGAAGACCACCUGCCCAGGGCCACACAGCCAACUCAUCUAGUCAGCUCCACCAUCCUGAUUCCCAGCAGAGCACCCUUUGAGGGCAUCCUGCUGCAGCUCUCAGGCUACCAGGCCACUGUGUCCUGAGCAGAGUCAGCAGCAUUGUCCAGCACAUUGUGCAACACUAGGCCUGGGGGUCCACUUCUCUGGCCCUUCCUUUCCUCACUUAUUCCACAGGGACCAUGCAGGAGAGGCCGUGGGUCCUCAUCAGCUGGGGGCAGCUGUGGACAGGAGAGCGCUGAGAAGGAACCAGCUGUGGACACGUCCCAGGCCGCGAAGUGGCUCCUUGGCAAAGCGGCGAGUGGCUCAAGCCGAAUGUGUCCACUGAUGUCCCUCCCUGCAUCCGCCCACAAGCCCCUGCCUGCCCACCUGCUGCCACACCCCCAAUCUCCUGGCCGCUGGCAGUGGCUGCCCACCACACAGGCCCCUGGAGCCGCCUCCUGAACCCUGGCCCUCUUCUCCCUGGAUCCGGGGAUGACAGGUGUCACUGCUGGACGACUGCUAGGCCCCCACAGUGGGCUUUUCAACAUUUUCUUUGGAAAACCCGUCAAACACACAAGAAACACUGCAAGAACAAAAGUAGUGGUAGAAGACCCCGAUCCACCUUUUCACCGGUGCAUCGACGUUUUUGCCCCGUCUUUAUUGUCCUUAUCUGCGAGUCGCAUGUUUUCCGGAGCCACGGAAGAGCAGGCUGACCGCUGGGGGCCUCCGCUCGCAGAUCUUCAGACGCCUCAGCCGCCCGCCCCGGCCCAAGCGCUCCCCGCAGGAGUCCCCGGGCGGUUCCAGAGGUCUGGGAACAUUUCCAAGUAUGGGGCGUCCAACUGCCUAAGCGAGCUGUGUCCCUCUCGGGUGUCAUGUCUGGGGGUACCACGUCCCUUGUCAGUGAUAGGCAAGCCCUUUGGUUGGAAAUGACCCCAACGCUGGCAGGGGACUGGAGACUGAGAAAGGAGUCCAGGGGCCUGGGAGUGCUGUGGCUUGGCCCAGGGAUACUCAGAUCCAAAUCCAAAAUGGACCUGCUCCUCACCCCAGGCAGCAGGACAGGCCGCACGCGCUGACUUGGCUGGGCACGUGCUGGCCACUCCGGCCACCUGUGUGCGGAGGAGGGCAUGUCUUUCUUGCAGGUGAACCCGUUCCCAAGGCUCAGCACAUCAUCUCUGUCCGCCUGUGACAAGAAGGGCACUCUCCGUUGUCCUUCCCAGAACCUGACCCGCUUCACCGAUUUUUAGAACUAAAAAGACUUUAAUGAUCACUGGGUCCAACUUGCCCACUUUACGGGUGUAGACAGGCCCAGAGAGGGGAUGUAAUUGGGCGAGCCCCACAGCCAGUGCUGGCAAAGCCCGGACUCGGUCAGGCCCUGGAUUCGCCGUCCCGUGCUCCCAGUUCUGGGCCACCCGAUCCUGCCAGCGCCUGUCUCUGUGCAGCAUCUGACAUCCAUCCAAGGGGCACCUCCAGCAAUGUGACACAAGGAGCCCAGCCCUGGCCUGCCUCCCACGGACUCCAGAGAAAGGUGGCGGCGCCCGUCAGCUGCCAACCUCCGUCACUCACCUUUGCCACAAGGAGAACAAAGCCGCGGGGACGCUGGGCUCCAUGUGAUGAGGCUCGGGAGAAUCUGGGUGUCCUGAGCCAAAAUCAGCCAAUCUUGCUCUUCUCAAGACUUUCCUGGUGCUCAGCAGUGGCCAACCUGACUGGGGUCCCUUUGGGGAAGCUCGGCACUUUCACCUGGCACCUUCCUGGCUCAGCCUCCAGGGGCCCUCACCCCCAAGUGCCCCCGGAGAAGCAUUAAAGAAUAGUAAGAAGUGAGGCUGGGGCUUCUCUGCGUGUCAGAGCGGGUCCAGUUAUAGGCUGCUGGGGCUGACCUUGGGCAGGUGGAGGAUCCCCUGGAAAGGCAGUGGCAGGGCCAGGGGCCCCCAACCAGGCCACCAGCGAGACCAGGGCCAUGAGUUGAGUGUGGCCAAGGCUGGUUUCUGGGGAAGUGUUUCUUUUGCAUCUACUACGGGCCAGGCGUGGAGAGGCGUGAGCAGCACAGGAGCCUGCAGGGCCCAGUGGAGGGGGAGGGGAGGGGGGAGGGCAGCCCUGAGCCUUCAGAGAACACACCCCCACAGCUUGAAGUCCCAGGACCGUGGAGGCCCAGGAAAGACGGGGAGUGACCACCGGUGGCCUGGGAGGGCCAGAUCUGGCCAGGCUCCUGGAGGGGCGUUGCUGGCUUCUCAGGGACCUUGGGUUCCUCUAGAGCCAAUCUGGGGCAGGAUGGGAGUGCAGCCAUCACAUGCAAAGAUGGUCUGUUAACUGGAAAACCAGCCCUGGUACCACGGUCAAAGGAAACAGCGUUUCUUGGAACAAAGGUUGGCACCUGGGACGCACUGAAUCAGGGGGGCGCGGGGGCCGGGAAGGCAGGAGCAGGGGACGGGCCUGACGAGGGGGUUCCACGGAGGUCGGGUUCCGGGGCGGCUCACUGGCUGGGCAAAGCCCUGGAUCACUCAGCCCCUCUGAGUGGCUAGGGGUGCCCAACACAGCAGAGGCUCCCAACGCUGCUUUGCCUCAAAGACCCGCGUCAAGACCCACGUUGACCCCAGGGGUCCUCCAAGUCCAUGAGCAACCCACCCUGUGGCCUGCCCCGUGGCCUGCCCUGUGGCUCCCCACUCCUCCCCACUCCACUUCCUUCCUGGGUCCUGGAAAACACCAGCAGGGGGAAGGGGAGACGGAGGAGAGCAGCCAGGCCACGUGGCGGCCACAGCAGUGUCGGUGGGCCUGGUCAACCCGUUCACACUGACUGGCAGAUGUGGUUCAAGCCCAGGGGGGGCUUGGGGAGGCGGUGUAGACGGGGAAACCCAGGGGCACACGGAGCAAGAGCACAUUUCUCUCCUGUGCCACUCUCCCCCCCUGAUAACAGCUCAACACGCUCUAGAGCGCACUUGUAAAUACCAGAAUGACUCCUUUCCAAGUUCAAGAAGCCCUGUUCUGACUUCAUUAGACAAAUAAAUGAGUGAAAAAACAA